UCGAAGUGCUGCCGUCAAGCGAUGUGUACGUACUAUGCUGAGUGCGUCUUGCGAGGCUGUGUCAAGCGAUCGACUCUUCUUACCCGCAACCAUGGAAUAUCCUGAUCGCUGUAUAGGUGGUGACGCUUUGUUGUGUUUUGCAGGGGAUGGGCCGUGAUGGGGCCCGCCGGCCCCACCAUCUCCCCGAUUCGAAUUCUGGAGCUUCUUGUCUUCAUCCAUUGCUGGGUUGUUGCUGUGUCUUAUUCAGACUGCAGGUCUCAGUUCUGCAACAGACAAUUCGAACGCAACAUGAAAGAUAUAGUCCAAGGCUCUAACUACCCAUACUGCAGUAUUCUUCGUAGCUACUCUGAUUGCAUACGCCACACAGCCCUCUCUUGCAGAGGAGAUUUGCAAUACCAUUCCGUCCAGUCUUUGAUUGGCCAGUGGACUCGAACAUAUAACUGUGUCCGAGUGUUAGAAAGAGGACCCGAAGCACAGCCACCGGUCAGGGUUCCAGGAGGAGGACAUCGGAGACCCCAGAAGAAUCACCCCGAGUGCACCUCUUACCAUCCGGCUGGUGGGUCGCCAGCUACCUACAGUCACUGUGCCCUGUUUGGAGAUCCCCACUUGCGCACUUUCUACGAUGAAUUGCAGACUUGUGGUGUGGCUGGUGCAUGGCCACUUCUGGACAAUCCUCAUGUCGCAGUGCAGGUGACGAAUGAACCCGUCAGCAAGGACUCCAUGGCCACCGCCAUUACGAAGGUGACUGUUAUUAUUCGCCAGCAUAGUCCUUGUGCCUUGGAGAAGAUGUAUGAAGCUCAGACAGACUCUUUACCAAGUGUUUUUGUAGAUGGCUCGAAGACGAGCGGGCCAGGUGUCAAGAUCGUAGUUGUCGCUGCAAGUAAACAUGUUGAACUACAUUUGAGAUACAUUGCAACUAAAAUUAUUAUCCGACAAGUUGGACACUAUUUGACAUUCGCCGCUGAGAUGCCGAGUACUGUGGCUGUGCAAGGUGCUCAAGGCGAGACUCAUGAACUUUGCGUGAGAGGUUGCCCAAAGAGGGAACGCAUCGAAUUUGAAGGGUUUCUUGACGUCAAGAGUGGACCAAAACGAGAAGCUCUUGCCAUGUGCCGCGCCCUAAACCUUACGGGCUUUUAUCUGAAUGCCUGUGUGUUUGAUAUCCUGACCACUGGAGACAGCAGUUUCAGUACAGCAGCACGAGAUGCCAUGUUCGAUGGUGGUCAGAUGCUAAGAAAUGGCAGUUUGCCUAUCAUACCCAGAAGUGUGGAAAGUGAAGCAGCUAUUGCCAACUCAUAUCUACUACUGCAGAUAAUGACUGUUCUAAUUGUGCUUGUUGUGUUUCAAGUCAAAAGGUAGCCCUGAAGAAGACGCAUGUGUAGCUAUAAAUUUACUCAUGUAAAUCAAUGAUGUUCUUCGCAGACAUGUAGAAGAUAUGCACUUUUACAUAGCAGAUUUUAUGAAUCAAUAAUUCCCUUGACAGGUAUCGAUCACAGAGUAUGUUCUGUGGUCUUUCCUGUGUAGAAACUCAGGGGCUAAUCACCAUUUGGUGUUAGUUAUUUGUAGGUUAUCCAGUAUUGACUGCAUAUAACUUAUAAAUAUCAGUGAUAUACCUAAUUGUGUAUUAUACAAUGACAGAGCUCUACUCAGGUUUAUGUUAGGUUGUCAUUUGUGAGGAUUUGUGUACGAGAAGUGUUACAUCAGUAUUUCUAGUAUGUUCUGGUAAGUAGAUAAAGUGUGAUGCACUGCCUUGAAAGCCCUUGUUCUGUUGAUAUUGUUUCAAAAUACUAAUGACUUUUUGUGAUAUAUUCUUGUGGCAUAGUGUUGCAUACAUUUCUUUUUCUCUUUGCUCUUCUCAUUAAUGUUUUAUUUAAGUAAAUCUUAAUACAGUGUCAUAAUCCAUGUACCAAUCUCAUAUUGAGAUAGGAAAUUUGUAUACUUACGUGUUAUCCCGUCGAUUCAAAUGUGGCGAUAAGAUUUUGGGACCAUUUUGUCAGUCAUAUCAAAUAAUCUUAGCUAGGAUUAUUUGAUAUGUAUAAUAUAUCUACUUAUAUGGAGAGGCUAUUAAAAAAAAAAAAAAAAAAAAAAAAAACAUUGUAUCAGGUAAGCAUGGGUAUAACAAAAGGAAACAAAAGGAGCACAUAUGAAAAACACAACGUUGCUUAACUGCAGGCUUAUGAUGAACAUGAUUGCCAGAGUUUGGCAUAUUCUAAAGAUUUGGUGGCUUCUGCUAAUGUGGUUGCAUUAAUGUGUAAAUACCCUAAAUUUUUAGAAUUGCUGGAAAACUGUAUCACUACAGUAACUGGCCCAAAAUCACCAUUCGACAAGCUAAUGCGUAAGUAGAAAAAAAUCCAUGUAUAAAUUAAGUUUUCUGAUUGGCAACAGCUACCAUUCAGAUUUGCAGUAGGAGCUUGUGGUACUUUGUGAUGCUGCUUGCCGUCCAGAGGAUAAAAUAUACCCCGAGGAGGGAUACUUCUCCUAUGUAAAUAAAAUUUGUUGUAAAUUAUAUUCUAUAUGUAACGUAUUGGCCAAUAAAUAUGCCCUGUAUGUUUAUAUUUAUGGAAUGCUGCAUUCUCUUCUUCUAAUUCUUAAAAGCUUUCGGGAAAGUCGGGGGAAGAAAGAAGAUUGUUUUUAAGAAGUAUAUCAAAAGUAGCUAUGAAGAAAAUUUACCCUCUCCUAGAACUUACUACAAAUUUUAAAUAAUUAUAUUAAGCAUACAUGUUUUGUAAAAUUAUUUUUUAGAAAUAAUAUCAGAAUUUUUAACUGGCAUUUUAACAUUAUAAUUUUUCUGCAAAAUUGCAAUUUGAGUUUAGGAUAGUUUUAAAGUUUGUCAGAUUAUAAGCGACCAGUUGCACAAUCUCAAAGCCAUAUUAUUUGUGAAGAGUCACUGAUUUAUAUCUAGGUAUGUUGUUCCAAAAUUUUGGUAUACAAGGAAAGUACUGCACUUUAAAAUACAGUGCUAUCUCGACUUAUGAACUUGAAUUUCAUGUCUUUGUAUAUGGAAACCCAAUUUUUCAUUGUAACUUAUGACAAAUAAAUCCGUUCCUACAUUUAGAAAUUCAGGGGGAAGAAGAUAAAGUGUACACUGAUAUAGAAAUUAUUAAUCUUAUCUAUAAAAUUACAAUGCUUUAUAUGCAAAGAAUUAUGAAUUUUUUUUCAAGUCAAUUUACACUAUGCGCUGGAGAAAGUUUCUACAAUUUCCCCAAUAAAAGCAGGCAAAUAGCUCAUGUAAAUUCAGGUUUUGUCGUUUUCAGAAUUGAAUAUGAGUUAACAAACAAUAUUAUUAAACUAUAAUUAUUUUUAGGUCUCUAAAUAUAAUCAUGAAUGAAUUGAAAAUUAGUUAACAAAGGAUAUUAUGAAACUAUAAUUAUUUUUAGGUAUCUAAAUAUAAUCAUGAAUGAGCUGAAAAUGGUGACAAUAAAGAAAAUUAUUAAACUGUAAUUAGUAUUCAGGUCUCUAAGUAUAAUCAUGAAUGAGUGGUCUUUUUCACAUUAAUUGUUACAUAUAUGUUUAUAUUUUCAAGAAGUGAAUGAGAUGUCUACAAAAUAUUUUUAAAAUAUGUAUCACAGUAUUAAAAGAGUGUGUACUAUAAUGUUAAGAAUAUUGUAGCGGUUCAUAUUUCUUGAAUAAUUUCGAAUGUAAAAGCCAACAUCGGACGUUAAAAAAAGUUUGUAUCUCGAAAUGUUCGCAUGUGAUGCUUCGAGAUAUUGCUGUAUAUUAGCCAUAAUAAAGUGUUCUUUAUUACUUCAUCAGAUUUUUACCUGAUACAAUGCAUUCGCAAUGCAAUUGUUUUAAAAGAAAUUGUGUCUAUUUAAAAGCUGCAAAAUCAUGCAUGUGUAUCCAUCUCAAGAGCUAAUCAAAUCCUCGCAUUACAAAGUAGUUCGAAUAUCAGAAUCUGUGGCUCAGGAGCUCUUUUGCAACAGGGGUAUGAUAUUCCGCUGCCACAUAACAGGCCUCCCAAGGUCAUUAUGAUCUUCAAGGUCUUGCGAAAUUCACGUUGGUGAUAAUAGAUGGCGACAUGCGUAAGCACCUAUGUACCAAGCGAGCAUACCACCGUAUAAUCGCAACACGUAUAUAUAUAAAUUUGCAAAAUUAGCAUAGAAUUUUAUUAAAAAUUAACUAUCUCUGAAUCUCCAAACAUUGGAUUAUAGUGGGAUCUACGGAAAACAAGGUCUUCCACCGCUUUUGUGGCACCACCAUAAAUAGUACGAAGAAACGGAUCCUAGUUUUCUUGGCACUCUUUUUUGAUGACAUCAUGAUCGCUGUCUCCCAACCAAUAGGAUAAGUUCAUGAGAGUGCUCCAAGGUCACUGUUUAGUCCAUUGAUAGUUAGUACAGUCCACUUAAUGUUAUUGAUGUUGCCGAAAGUUUGAAAUUCCCCAAAUAUUCUGUAGUUUGUAUAAUGUGAAGAAGAGAAAUGCUGCAUUGCAUAUCCCCAGCCUGGAUAAUUUAUUCUAGUCAUGUGCUGCCUAAUCCUAGUGGAUGUUCUGAAGUAAGCUUUCUAGAUGUCCUCAUUUUAAUAUCAUCUGUUUUUUGAAAGAAUUUUCUGUUCUCUUUAAUAAGAUUAUUCAUAAUUGAGAAGUCUUGAUUGAUGUUAUUUUUUAAGGAAAAUUUAAUGUUUUAAUCUGUGUACAAGGUACAAACUGCGCUGUUAUAAUUUUCAUAUCUGUAAGUAGUGUAUUAAAAAGGAAUAAUUAUUUUAUUAAGCUAACCACGAGUAAAUUAAUUAAUUUUACUCUUCAGAAUCAGAAUAUUUCCAGUAUUUUUAUUGAGUUUUCUGCACUUUCACACUUUGUGUUUUAAAUAUAUUGAGAUUCUUCGAAUUUAUCCUUUAUAAGACUAUUCUACAGUUUAAAAAGAGUACAUAACUUCAUCCUGUAAUCAUAUUUUCUUAUUAUACUGAAUAUGUCUAUUAAUAUUUUUUGCUGUUUAAAAAUUCAUAUUUGUAGUUCAGCUGAAAAAUAAAUCAUAUACCGGGUGAUUCAGAAGUCUUCAAUCUCAAAUAUUUAUUUCAUGUGUAUUAAGAUGUACAACCAGUUAAAACCUUCUUCAAUGAAGUUCCAGCAUAUGUAUAAUCAGAAAAUAUUUACAAAAAUAUCUGUUGGAAUUGUGAACCAAUUUUUUGUAGGGGGCAAAUUCAUUGUCCUGCCGGCUUAUUUGUUUUAAUAAGGAACUUUGAAUAUCUUUGAUGGUUGUUACUCCUUAGAACUCAAUAUAAAAGCAUAAACUCCCAAUCACAUAUGCUUCCACUACGAGUGACUGGACGUCGAAAGUGACAAUUCUCAGAACCCGCACAUUUCCACGAAACCUACGUAGCUAGGUUUCGUAGCUAUCACUUUCUACAAAGACUUAACGUCAAACUGUAAUCAAUUAUCACUUUCGUCUGAUUAUUUGAUCUCUAGGUGGUACUUCGCUUCCAGAGCAGCUGUUUUUCCUAGGAAUCUUCCCGUUUAAACCAGUGCUACCAGAAUCUCGUUUCUCAGAAAAGUCCCGUGCAGCAGGGACUGCCGCUAGAUGCGAUAACCUCUUAAGAGAAUUACAAAAUGAAAUUAAUCAAAGAGUAUAAAAUUUAAAAUAUCUAAUUAAAUAUUAAUAUAAUUUAGGAUCUUAUUAUGAAUAAUUGAGUAAGCUGAAUCAUCCGUAAGUGAAUUUAGGUUAAUUUGGUGUUCUUUUGAAAAGACAUCUCAGCACAGUUCGAAACCUCUCAGUUUUUCAUAUUUCAAGGUUGGCAGCUACAUAGAAAUACUUUUUUAUAGCUAAUAAUGCUUCCAAAUAAACUGUGAAAACUUCUGAACCUCCUUACACUUGAUAAAAUGUAUUAUACAGAUUAAGUAUUAAAUUUUGUAAUUACUGCAAACAUAUAAAAAGUGUCAUGAAACACAAGCAUAAAACCAAAUUAUUGUAAAAUAAUCAUUUUAUUAGUUCUAAACUUGUUUUAUUUUAGAUGUUAAAAAAUUAAAUUUAUUGAUAUUUCUUAUGUUACAGUAUUUUAGCAAGUUGUAUUAUUUGUAUGUGCCGUGCUUUCCAAAGUGAAAAUACCCAGAUUCCACUGUUUUUCGUAUUUGUGUUCUUAAUUACGGCCGAAUAGUAGGCAUAUGUGACAGAUGCAGCUAUCUGUAAUCUAUGUAAAGUUUUGUGCCAUGAUUUUUUUGUGAAGACCAGAUGGUCUAUGUAGAUUUUUUGCAUAAUAAAAUUGAUUUUUUUAGUGUUUUUGAA